UUAUUUACCCUCAUUAGUUUUCAGAAGGUUUCAAUAUGAAGCUGCUCGUCGUAUUCGCUUUGACUCUGGCCUAUACCUCGGCUUCGGUGCUUCACGGCUUCAAUUCCUCAGUGGUUGAUACCAAUGUUGGCAUCAUCCAUGGACAUAGUGCUGAGCCCGGACAGUUCCCCUACCAAGUUCAACUACUUUUACCAGGCGGCCCUCAGUGUGGCGGCUCCUUGAUUAGUCAUCGUUGGGUUCUGACCGCCGCUUCCUGCACAGAACACUUCGAUAAUAUCACAGUUCACUUGGGUGGUAUUCGAAGAUCUGCCCCGCGGAAAACGUACAUUGUUAGUAAGAAGGACAUCAUCAUUCACGAAAACUUUAACAGUGAUACGCUUAGUGCCGAUAUCUCACUAAUCCGCAUUCCAUAUGUUAAAUACAGCAGAUAUAUUAAGGCUGUAAAGCUACCGAAGAUCAAAAUAUCCUAUCCCUCCUAUGCUGGUUUUAAUGCUAGCAUUUCCGGGUGGGGAAGGACCUCGUUUGAGUCCACCCAUGAACCCGAAAUACUCCAGUACGCCAAAGUAGGGAUCAUAAGUAUAAAAGAUUGUAAGAAGAUGUUUGGAAAACUUGGAAAAUAUAUUUGGCCUUCCCUCAUCUGUGCCUCAAUCGUCUCAGCCGAAACUUGGGAAGGCGACACUGGCAUCCCAUUAGUGGAAUUACGUAGCUCGGUACAGAUCGGCAUAUCAUCCGUUGAUAGCCCAAAACCCGAGCUCGAAUACCCCGCUAUAUUCACCCGAGUGACUAGUUAUCUCAAAUGGAUCAAACGCCACACCAAACUCCCCUUGUGACAUGUUUUUUUUAA